AUGUCAACAGAGACAACCGCCAACGCGCUCGUCCUGCACGGCGCCAAGGAUCUCCGUCUAGAAAAGCGAACCGUAUCCGCCCCGACCGGCGCCGACGUCCAGGUCGCCGUCCAAGCUACCGGCAUUUGUGGCUCCGACCUGCACUACUACUCCCACGGCCGCAAUGGCGACUUCGUUGUGCGUGAGCCCAUGUGUCUGGGCCACGAGUCCGCCGGCACCGUGACAGCUGUCGGUCCUGAUGUCACGACCCUGAAAGUCGGCGACCGCGUCGCCAUGGAAGUCGGUCUGCCCUGCCGCAAGUGUGCCCUCUGCCAGCAGGGCCGCUACAACAUCUGCCCGCAGAUGCAAUUCCGCAGCAGUGCCAAAGUCUUCCCCCACCUGGACGGCACUCUGAUGGAGCGCACCAACCACCCCGCUGCCAUGUGCCAUGCCUUGCCCGCCAACGUCUCUGAUGCUGGCGGCGCCCUGGUUGAGCCUCUCGCCGUCUGCCUGCACGCCAUCCGUCGCUCGCGGCCCCCAACUAAAGACGACGUCGCCCGCGCGGCGGCCGCCGGCGAAGCCACUGCCGCUCUGGUCUUCGGCGCCGGCGCCAUUGGCUUGCUUCUUGCCUCCGCACUCGCUGCUUCCGAGUCAUUCUCCACCAUCGUUGUGGCCGACAUCGACGCCGCGCGACUGGAGAUAGCCGCCUCGCUGGGGCUCGGCCUCAAGACGGCGCUCAUUCCACGCGGUGACCUUGCGAACCCACCGCCGCCCAAGGAUGCCCCACACGCCGAGCAGACGGCGUUUGCGCUGAAGAACGCGCAGAGCGUCGCGGCCUCGCUGACCAGCGCUGCGCAGGUCAAUGGCGGGCUCGCCAUCUCAGGCUUCAGCCGCGUCUACGACUGCACCGGCGUGCCGGCAUGCGUCCAGGCCGGCAUAUAUGCCUCCGCGCCGGGCGGCGUCCUCGUCCAGAUCGGCAUGGGCAAUCCCGUCCAGACGCUACCGGUGGGUGCUGCAGCGCUGCGCGAAGUCGAUAUUAUCGGUGUCUUCCGGUACGAUGGGCACGCGUACCCGGCUGCCAUCACGUUGCUGGCCAGUGGCAAGAUGCAAACCACAGAGGAAAAGGUGGUGACCCACCGGCUGUCCCUGGAGGAGGGCGAGCGGGCAUUCACGCUGGCUGGAAAGGGCGUGGACGAGAGUGGCAACCCGGUUGUGAAAGUAAUUAUCGAGAGCCGAACUCCGGUGCUGGGUCGGUUGUAA